AUGGAGCAAGCGGCGUUCUACCACCUUUGCCUCUUCCUGGUCCUGCUCCUCCCUCUCCUGCUCCUCAGGCAGCUCAGGAAGCGCGACGUCGACGUCAACGGCGGCAUCAGGCUGCCGCCAGGCCCGUGGCGGCUGCCGGUGAUCGGCAGCCUGCACCACCUCGUCGGCAAGCCGCUCGUGCACCGCGCGUUCGCCGACCUCGCGCGCCGGCUGGGCGCGCCGCCGCUCAUGUACCUCAAGCUCGGCGAGGUCCCCGUCGUGGUGGCCACGUCCCGGGACGCCGCGCGCGAGGUCAUGCGGGCGCACGACGUCGCGUUCGCGACGCGGCCCUGGAGCCCCACCAUCCAGAUCAUGAUGGAGGACGGGGUGGGCCUGGUGUUCGCGCCCUACGGCGACCUGUGGCGUCAACUCCGGAGGAUCAGCGUCCUCGAGCUCCUCAGCGCCCGCCGCGUCCAGUCGUUCCGCCGCGUCCGGGAGGACGAGGUCGCGCGCCUCGUCGCCGCCGUUGCGGCGGCGGCCGCCCCGCCGGGCGAGGCCGUCAACGUUAGCCACCGGAUCGCCGUGCUGGUCGCCGACUCUGCGGUGCGGGCCAUGAUCGGGGACAGGUUCAACAGGCGGGACGAGUUCCUGGCGUUGCUCGAGGAGGGGCUCAAGCUCGUCUCCGGGUUCAACCUCGGCGACCUGUUCCCGUCGUCGCCGCUCGUGAACUUCCUCACCGGCGCGGCGCGGCGUGCGAAAGAGAACCACCGGAAGAACUUUGAGCUCAUGGAAUGCGUCAUCAAGCAGCACGAGGAGCGGAGAUCCAUGGCGGCGGCGAGCGGCACUGUCACUGACCAGGAGGAGGAGGACCUGGUGGACGUGCUCUUGAGAGUACAAAGGGAAGGUGGCCUCGACGUGCCUCUCACCAUGGGAAUCAUCAAAGCCGUUAUCCUCGACCUGUUUAGCGCUGGAAGCGAGACAUCAGCAACAACUCUGCAAUGGGCCAUGGCGGAGCUUAUGAGGAACCCGGAUGCGAUGAAGAAGGCACAAGACGAGCUACGUGGCGCUCUUAACGGGAAGCCGAAAGUGACCGAAGAUGACUUGGCACAGAUGAAGUACUUGAAGCUGGUCAUCAAGGAAACAUUGAGGUUGCAUCCGGCGGCACCAUUGCUUCUCCCAAGGGAGGCUAGGGAGUCAUGCAAGAUUCUUGGGGAUCCUAGAUAUUGGGAUGACCCGGAAGAGUUCAAGCCGGAGCGAUUUGAGUCCGGCACGAUCGAUUUCAAGGGCCUGGACUUUGAGUACAUACCAUUUGGUGCGGGGAGAAGAAUAUGCCCGGGAAUGGUGUUUGCGCAAACCAACAUAGAGCUCGCACUCGCAGCCUUGCUCUACCACUUCGACUGGAAGCUCGCAGAUGGGUUGAAGCCGAGUGAGUUGGACAUGGCUGAGGACAUUGGCAUCACUGUCCGGAAGAAGAACGACUUGCUUCUGCAUCCCAUUGUUCGUGUGCCACUCCAAUCAACAGACUAG